CCUGUUUUUAAUUUUUUAUUUAAAGCUAUUUUGUAAGAGAUUUUAAACGGCUAGUUUACAUAUGCUAUUACUGACCUAACUUCGCCUUUCUUUUCAUUGACAUUCGUGUCUGAACGAACAAACCUCUGACAGAGAAUGUAAAUUCUCUGUCUCUGUCUGAAAUGAAAAGGAUGAACGCCACAUAGAGAAAUGCAUAAACAAAACAAACAGCGGUGUGUAGUAAAGUGAUAAAAAAUAUACAGAAAACUCGUCGUGAGGCUGGAAAUUGCAAUUCGACAAAAAAUAAAUUUCAGUUUAUGCAUUUUCCAGGUAGAAAAAUAAAAUCAGCACUUUUGUGAAAGAGUAGUGGACAAACAUAUGCGCUACGCUUUAUUGCGUGCUGCUACGUCGGGCGUAAUAGUUUUUCGUAUGCAGCUUAGUGUUUGUGUGCAUGUGUAAAAGGGGAGGGAAUUGGUUUGUAAAAUUUGACUGUGAAGAAAGUUACCGUCGUCGCCAACCAAAUUGGACAAAUACUAUACAUAUAUUUUACACACAUGAGAUAAAUAAACUAGUGGAAAUUUUUUUAUUUGUGUAAAACAAAAGAAAACUCAUAUGCCAAAUAUUGAAAAACAAAAACUAAAAAUAUUUACAUACUAAAUCACAAAAUUAUAGGCCAGUUGCAACAUACUGAAAGGUAGCGUCUGCCAGGUAAAAAGCAGCGUAGCAAUACGGCAGAGUGAAAAUCGCUGAUAUUACGGAAUAAUAUGGAGCACAUAAUAAUAAAAAUACGAAAAAAUAAUACAUAAAGACGGGUGAGGUCAAAUUGGGUGGUUUGACUUCUCGUACGCACAAUCGUUUAAAACGCAGUCAGGCAGUCUGCCACAUAUGUAUAUGAGUAUGUAGGGUGAGGCUGCAGCCAGUGAUAUUAACAAACAAAACGUUGGUCAGUAAAAAAUUCUACUUCAGAAUACAUCAAAAAAAAAGAAAAGAAAAGAAAGCAGUGAUUAUUGACUAUAUCCUGUUUGUGCUACGACAACAAUGGUGAAAGUGUUUCUAACGCAGCGUAGGAAAUUGGCCGAUGCAGAAUGUGCGGCGGUAAAAUCAUUAUCCUGUAAUCCAAUAUGGGUGUGCCGGACAUUAAUAAAGCAUAACUAAGAAAUUAACUUCGCAGCGGUAAUAGAAGCUCCGAUCUACGUAUUUCGCAAAACGUUAUAAAUAAUCAAGUUUGAAAGGAAGAGGAAAAGGAGGAAAAAAUAAGCUAACAAGCCGGUAAUCCAUAUUUGGCUCACCCCGUACGUUUAGCUUCAAACUGUGGCAUACGCAUACACUCCACCAUAUAAAAGGUCCACCUUUUGACUACCUUGCACCCUGAAUGCGUUUUAAUUGCCACCUUAGCUCAGCGUAUCGCCACGCAACAUUAAACGGCGGAUCAAACACAAUUAAUUCGAUAUCUUGCAGCAACUAUAUUGCCAAUGCCGAAUAACGUUUUAAAAAAUAGCAGCAGCGCUAGCGCCAGCAGCACCAGUAAUGGGCGCAGUAGUAGCAGCAACAAUAGUAGUAGCAGCAGUAGUGCCAAUGCGAAUCAAGCAAAGUCAAUUAAUAGCCAUAAAAAUGAGGCAAAAGCCUUGUCUGUCUCGUCGACCACAUCUACUUUUGUAGCAUCGUCUAACACACUGCCAGAGAAAAAUGUUAUGAAUAAACAAUCUAACAACAACGAACGAAUUGCUUCACAUCGUCGCGAUGGUUCCAGUAUUACUGGGAUACAGCGGCCAUUAUUUCGUAAGCUACAAUAUAUAAGUCCGCAGACGCAUUUUUGCUACGCUACUUCUUCACCAACCCAUACCUUCGAAGAUGCCACACGACCGCUACAACAUCAACAUCAACAUCAACAACAACAACAAGAUGUCACACAAAAUGAAAGCCGCAGCGAUGUAUUGGUGUAUACCGAAGAUGGACAUUUGGUUUCAGCUAGUUUGGAAGCGCUAAUCACACAUAUGGUUCCCACAAGUGAUUACUAUCCCGAACAAAAUUUUAUAUUCGCAUUUUUACUCAGCGCACGUUUAUUUGUGCGACCACAUGAGCUACUCGCGCAGAUAUCGCAAACUUGGGAACGUCAACAGCAAAAGCAGCAGGAGCUGCAUAAUCAGCAACAAGGUAUGGAUGUAGUCGAUGAGGCGCAUUUCAGCCAUUUAGCUGUAGCGGCUUCUGCAUCACCGCUUAUGCAACGAAAGGCUGCAAACAGUAGCAUCGGCAUGCCACUUACAGUUGCUCACAAUGAGGUAAAUGUAAUUGUAGAAGGACACCUGAAGCAACGUACCGCCAUACAGCUGAGUGCACAAAAUUGCAUACGUUUAUUAGCCGAAUGGAUUGAGACGUUCCCGUAUGAUUUUCGGGAUGAACGCUUAAUGCAACAAGUGCGUAUUUUAGCGCGCAAAUGUGUCUAUAUUGACAAUGCACUCGGCAGGCGAGUGUCAAGAAUCUUACAACUACUAGUGCACCGUCUUACAGUGCUAGAGCAAUAUGAGGCGACAUUACAAGCGAUGGCAGCUACCGAUCUCACGGCAAGUAACAGUCAGCAACACCUGCCGCACUACAGUACUUCAGCAGCAGCAGCAGCAACAGCAGCCACAAAUCAAAACAGUACACACAAUUCGCUGGUGGGCUGCGUAAAAAGUCAUACACUUCACACCAGCAGCCUAACAGAGGCACACAAACCUACCACAAUCACGAACAAUUCGAACUCCUUGGGUUCUGUGGCAGUGGCAGCUGUAGCUGCGGCCAUAGAUGGUAAUAAUGCGCAUGAGGUACACGGUAUCAUGGAUAUUUGUCCGAGUUGUGCGCAGUUAGCGCAUCAGUUAACCGCCAUCGAGCUGGAGCGACUUUCCCACAUUGGACCCGAAGAAUUUGUACAAGCUUUUGCAAAAGAAUAUCAACAUAAUAUUGAUGGGAAGUCGUCAACGACAACUACAACGGCUACUGGUAAGAACGCAGCGAACAUUGACUCCACAACGCUAAAUGAUAUGAAGAAAACGCGCAACCUCGAAUCAUAUGUGGAGUGGUUUAACCGGCUGAGUUACCUGACUGCAUCGGAAAUAGUGAAGUACCCGAAGAAGAAGCAGCGUGUACGUAUUAUCGAAUACUGGAUAGAGACGGCGCGGGAGUGUUUUAACCUAGGCAACUUUAAUAGUUUAAUGGCCAUUAUAGCUGGCUUAAAUUUAGCACCCAUCUCAAGGCUAAAGAAAACGUGGUCUAAAGUGCAAUCUGCAAAAUUUUCUGUGCUUGAACAUCAAAUGGAUCCUACAUCGAAUUUCAAUAGUUAUCGCUCAACGCUUAAAGCAGCCAUGUGGCGUUCAGAGGGCGCUACCGAAGAACGUGAACGCAUAAUCAUUCCAUUUUUUAGUUUAUUCGUUAAGGAUUUGUAUUUUUUGAACGAGGGCUGCUCAAACCGUUUGCCAAACAAUCAUAUCAAUUUUGAAAAAUGCUCACAGCUUGCCAAACAGGUAAUGGAGUUCAACGAAUGGAAGAAGGUCACUUGUCCAUUUGAGCAAUUGCCCAAUGUGAUUGCAUAUCUGCAGACUAGCAGUGUUUUAAAUGAGAACACAUUGUCGAUGGCAUCGUUUGAGUGUGAACCGCCUGAAAAUACCGAAGAGAAAGGUCGCUACAAAACGGUUAAAGCAGAAACGAAACAACAAUUACUACAUCAAUUGCAAGAGCAACAACAACAACAACACCAACCAUAGUUUAUUGCCACAUUAAUGCAGCAGAGAAAGGAUGUUAUUUUUGGUAAAAUACAUACAUUGGAUGUAGACGAGGGAUUAAUGGGGCGCAAACUAUUUGAGUUUAUUUACCCAAUAUCGCACGCUAAUAUUGCAAUGAUUUUCAUAAAUCGCGCAAAAUGUUGUAUGAAAAUGCAUUAUCGAAACUAAACCUCUACCCUUAUUAUGUUAAUUUUUGUUUCUAGCAUUUGUUGCAGAACGCUUGCCAUUUUUUGAUACCUACUUUGAUAUUUUCGAAACGUUUUAAACAUAUUCUAAGUCUAGUUACAUAUACUUUUAGUAUUUAGUAUGACAACAAAACAAAAACGACAACAAAUAACCACAAAAAUAGUAUCAUAGAAUAGUAAACGGAGCGGCACCUACAAAAAAAAGAGUAAACAAAUAUUACAAACAAACUACUUGCGAACAAUUUUGUGACUUCAAAAGUCUAAACAAAAUUAUAGCGUACAACAGAAGGAAUGAAUACACGUUGCCAGUAAUUGUACUUAAUGCAUUUAGUAAUUUAUGGAAUAUAUACUAUAACAAGAAAAAAUAUAAGGGAAUCUCAAAUAACACUAAAUAAGCAACAACACAAAAAAAAUCAUAACAAAGUUUCUUUAAGAAAUCACAUUUAGUUAUAUAAUUUUAUUAUUAUUUUGUGA